GGCUCCGCAGACUCCUACACCAGCCGGCCGUCGGACUCAGACGUGUCCCUGGAGGAGGACCCUGAGGCUCUGAGGAAGGAGGCCGACAGACAGGCCCUCGCCACGCUCGAGAAAGCAAAGACCAAACCGGUGGCGUUUGCUGUGCGGACAAAUGUGGGUUACAACCCUGGCCCCAGCGAUGACGUUCCUGUGCAGGGCAUGGCCAUAUCUUUCGAAGCCAAAGACUUCUUGCACAUUAAAGAGAAGUACAACAAUGACUGGUGGAUCGGACGUCUGGUGAAGGAGGGCUGUGAGGUGGGCUUCAUCCCCAGCCCGGUCAAGCUGGAGAACACCCGUCUGCUGCAGGAGCAGAGGAUGAGACAGAACCGACUCAGCUCCAGUAAAUCUGGAGGAAGCUCCAGUCUGGACGUUGCCACGGGAACGCGCAGGCCCACCCCACCCGGCACAGCUCACGUGGAUUCGUCCACUGUGGCCUUUGACGUUGACCCCCUCGACCUGGAUGCCGAGGAGCCCCCUGAGUUCCAGGGUGACCCUCGCUCCUCCAAGGGCAUGUCAGGCAGCGUAACAUCCCCUCAGGCCAACACCCACCGACUGCCCUUCUUUAAGAAGAUGGAGCAUGUCCCGCCCUAUGACGUGGUCCCCUCCAUGAGACCCAUCAUCCUCGUCGGGCCGUCACUCAAAGGAUAUGAAGUGACAGACAUGAUGCAGAAAGCACUCUUUGACUUUCUGAAACACAAGUUUGAGGGCAGGAUAUCCAUCACACGGGUGACAGCCGACAUCUCCCUGGCCAAACGUUCGGUCCUCAACAACCCCAGCAAACACACCAUCAUUGAGCGCUCCAGUACCCGCUCCAGCCUGGACGUACUGGCGGAGGUGCAGAGCGAGAUCGAGCGUAUCUUUGAGCUGGCCCGCACCCUCCAGCUGGUCGCUCUGGAUGCAGACACCAUCAACCACCCCUCUCAGCUGGCGAAGACCUCCCUGGCUCCCAUCAUUGUCUAUAUCAAAAUAGCUUCACCUAAGGUCCUCCAGAGGCUCAUCAAAUCUAGGGGCAAGUCCCAGGCUAAACACCUAAAUGUGCAGAUGGUGGCAGCAGACAAGUUGGCCCAGUGCCCACCAGAAUUGUUUGACAUCAUCCUGGACGAGAACCAGCUGGAGGACGCCUGCGAGCACCUUGCUGACUACCUGGAGGCGUACUGGAAGGCAACACACCCCCCGAGCAGCAACCCUCCCAACCCUCUGCUCAACCGUACCAUGGCCACGGCGGCCCUGGCCUCCUCCCCUGAGCCCGUCUCCAACCUGCAGGGUCCAUACCUGGUGCACGGUGAGCAGAAGCGGGAAGGGCCUCUGACCGAGUGUGGUGGGAGCGGCACCCUGCAUGACUAUCAGACAGACCUGGGCGGGAAACCUCAGCAGCAGCAGCAGCAGCAGCAGCAGCAAACGUACAUGCGCUCGUCUCGUGGUCAGCUACGGGGAGGGAGCGGGCGGGGCCUGUCACGGCAAGACACCUUCGACUCUGAGACCCAGGGCAGCCGGGACUCUGCCUACACCGAGGCCGGCGACUCCUGCAUGGACAUUGAGACUGACCCCUACGAAGAGCCUGAGCCCUACCGAGGGGGCGGGGGCAGCCGCCUCCACCUGGCGCAGCAUCACGGCAGACAGGCCUCCUGGGAAGACGAAGGCGCCGAGCCGGACCAGGAAAACCUGAACCAUCCUCCGGUGCCGAGCCAGACGCAGCCGCAUGGACGCGCCAAGCUGAGGGAGCGGUACUGCCAGGACCCUGUGGACACGGGGGCCAACAUGAGUCGCAACAAGAACCAGGACGACUGGGGGAGGGACGUCUACAUCCGCUGAACAUGCAUCAUACCGCAGAGGGAAGGAAGCGACUGGACUGAGGAUGGGGGAGGGAGGGAGGGGAAAGGGUCUGGUUUUGGGGUUCAGAAGGAACUGAAGUGUGGGUCUGGGUCCAUGCCAGUCAGGCUAACAAAUGAAUCUGUUUACAUCCCAGUACAGUGUAAAGAAAUACAUCAACUGCCAUCAACUUCUUCUUGCAAUUCAAUUUAUUUAUGUUUAGAAAGAAUAAUAUUGGUCUGUUCUUUUUUUGUUUUGUUUCCUAUGUUAAUACUGCAUGAAUAUCAUGGAUUUCUAAACUGACAGCACGAGGACAGUAAUUGUUACGAUUGUGAAUCUAUGAUUGUGAUCUGUUAUGACUCAACCCCUCCUUCAGUUGUAGAGUGCGAAGGCUGGUUAGAGCUGUAGUCCGUCCACGUCUGUCCUCUGCAGUCUUAAACAGGGUCUAAUGUCACCGUCCCCCAUGUACAGUGUCAGGGUUUUCUCUUUACCUUAAUCUCACUCAGUGCUGUUGGAUUUCAGUAAUUUCUCCCAUGCUGAGAUCCAAACGUUCCCCGAGUCUCUCACCUCCACUUUCUUAUCACCCAGACCUUAAAAAAAACAAGCUGGUGGAGAAGUUGCCAUGGUUUAACACAACAAUUUAUCGAUGUUGCUACACUCGUGUCAGCCUGAUAACAACAAAGAGUACACUCCAAAGACGUUUACUUCUUCCCUGACCUGGUUCAGCCACUGUAUCCGACUGUACGCGUCUGACCCAGUCCUUUUCUGUUCAUUUUGUUCUCUGUUUUCUUUUCUAACGUGGUGCAGAUUCAAAGCAGCACUGCAGUUGUAGUUAUUUGUGAAUGAAGUGUCCCUGCCUUAGUCACUCCCACCUUAAAAAAAACACCCUUAUUUUCAAGAAAACUCCAAUCACAAGUGCCGGAAUGUCUCGCCAAGCCAUGUCCACCACUGCCACGGUGGGAUGUCUUAACUCUUGUUACACUCGUUUUCAUACCAUAUGUGUGUCUUCUCCGUGUCUCCCGGGCUACUCUGCACCGUCAGCCCGACGCUAUCGCUCCAGCACAUCUUGUUUUUUUUGUUGCACCUAGCUUCGUCGUCUGUUUUUAUUUCAGGGCUAAUGGUUAUAUUAAAAAAAAGUACGUGUGUGUGGUUAAUCACUCCCAACUUCCACCCAAACAGCUAGCUUGUCUGAUAUUAAAUACCACUCUCUUCUUACUCUUGAUUUCUGACUGAAUUAGUGUUGUUUUUUUCCUGUGGACAUUUGCAAAUUUUUCUUUUCUUUUCUUUUCUUUUGAAUCUUCAGUUCUUGUGAGGUAGUGAGAGGAGUAUCAAGUGGGGUGUGGCGGGUGGGAGGGGGUUAUAGGAUCAGCUUCGGUCUUUACUCAGUUAUCUAUAAUGGAGAAUCCAUGAAUGUCUUUGGUGGGCUGCUUAUUGCCCGCCCGUCUUCAGUUGAAUAAAUAAAUAUUAAAUAAUGAUCAGUAAAUAAUGUUAUUGUUGCGUUAUCGCAAUUGUUAAAAAUAUGAAAUAAUGUAUCAUUGGUGCCUGACUGUAGCUACAUUUUGCUUUUUCUGCCUUUCAUUUUUAAUCUGUGGAUAAAUUCGUAUUUUAAUUAAAAAUUUAAUCAGAAAAUGCCAUUGUGUCACUUAAUUGAUACGGUGAGGUGUGAUCAUCAUCACGCAGACAGAUCUCAGAGACUUUGUAUUUGUACACACGGAUAUUCAUUAGUGGUGUCUUUAAUGUCUCUCAGGCAGGAUUGGGGAGGUACAGAUUACAUGACUAACAGCUGAGUUACAUAAUAAAAAAGGUAACUGUAAUCCAUCAAAAAGACGUAAUCAGAUUACUGUUACAUUUAGUAAUAAUGGGGAUUAAUAGCAGGAUAGGCAACAUUGUUCUGUUGUCUUAUAGAAAAGAUAAAAGUCAUCUAAUUGCUAUUUCUUUUGUCUUUAUUUGCAUAUAAUCCAAAAGUAAUCGAAAGCAAGUAAGUAAGUAAUGUUACUUUAACAUUGUAAUAUAUUGGAUUACACUACAUUCCUUAACAGAUAAUUAGUUAUUGUAUUGGAUUAUUAAAGGAACCCUCCCAACCCUGCUCUCAGGACAUAUAAAGAGAUUUUAAAUGGUUCAGCAGAAGCUUUUUAAUUCUUCUUCCUGGGCUCAAACCACAUCCUCAUUAUCAAGUUAAGGAUGAUUAUAUAAUUAUGUUGCAUCUAAUAUAACCCUGUCUAACCUGUCCGAUCAAGGUACUCCAGUAAUGUACCUGCACAUUCCCAAUGUACUCAGACCUUCGUCGCUUUACAUUGAGCCUGACAGGAACUCAGAACUCAUAAAAAGACCUGUCACAGAUUGCAGCAGCAGCAUGUGAUCACACCUGCUGAGGGUUUCGGUCAAGGCACAGUUGAAUCCAGGAUGUGGGUUGUUGUUUUUUGUUUUUUUUAUUUCUCAGUUAUGCUUGUCAUCUCAUCUUUUACACCUCGCUUGUGCUCUGUAGUGGAGGAAAUGGCACAAGGGAAGAUGUGGUUUCCAUCUGAGUGUUAUUUAACAAGAGAUCACUGUAAUGUAAACUAACAUUUGGUUUAUGGUAUCGGGUUCUAACAGUUCACUGCUGGUAGAAGUAUUUAUAUGUUAAAUGUAAGUAUUAGUACCAUAGUGUGAAUUUACCUGUUUAUCUUUUACUUAACAGGAUACAAGUAUCUAUAAAAUCAACUUAAAAGUA